AUGGUUUUGAUCACAUCCCCCAACCAAAUUCCGGGCUUCCACUGCCAGCCAACUCUUGCUGAUCUCCAAAAUUCGACUGCCGCCGAGGAGCUACGAUCGGAGAUAUCUACCACGCACUUGCAAAACCUUGCCGAGAUUUUUGUCAAGUACAACGUCCACGAGAGGCUUGGAGUCCACCUCAUCCAUGGCCACGCCAAGGUUGCAGCUGGCAACGUGAUGCUGGGCCAUUCCUUCACAGAACCUUCGGGUCGCUGGGCGAAACCAAUCCGGAUGGAAGAGGUUAAUCUUGCAGACGUACACGGACAUAUCUUCAAGCUCGUCGACGGAGGCCGCUUUGUAGCUUACGAAUACGUCGAGGGAAAAGCAAGUGAUCUGUCUGAUAUCAGUACCGAUUUCUUCAAGGACUUGGUUGAAUAUCUGCAAUCACAUCAGUUGGAAGCCACCGUUGGACUCCAAAUUCUUGGCCAGUCUGUUAGGAACAUGGCCGAAUUCGACUUCGGAGACUGCGGAACGGUCAUGCUGAACGAGCAAGAUAUCUCUCAUGCAACACCUUUCAGGACAACAGGGUGGGUCUUCACUCGCAAAGAGGGAUUUGUAUCUUUCAAGGGCAACGAGACGCACAUGGAAACGGUAAAGGGGCCUCACAAAGUCUUGAUCGACGCAAAACUCGCACCAAACGUUACUGCUCUUAAAGCCAUUCUGAAGCGCUAUGAGGUUAUUAACUAG